ACUCAGUAAGUCUUAAACAGUAACAGAAACAGAACGUUUUUCUUUUUCAACAAAUGCAACAUAGACCACACGAUAUGGCCGAACUUGCAGGACCUGGAGGGGUAGAGCAAGAGCUGCGGACUUUCCGUGAAUAGAGACAAUUUUCCUCUUGCUAUUCGCUGACAAGUUAUUAUGCACAAUUUAUUCACUCUUCAAGUUGAGUAGAAGACAGGAAUUCAAUAAGUGACAGUGGGGCUGUCAAUGGUUUUCUUUACUUGGUGAAGCGUAAAUGAGCUUCGUAAAUAUUGUGAAUACUAACACUUUUUUUUAUUCCAAUGAAAAAAUUGUCUCAAAGUUACGCUCAUAUGGAUUCCGAGGAUACAACAUUUGAAUACUCGAAAUGUUAUUACAGGGGAGGGUUACAAUUUUUUGGGCACACAUUUCUGGAGGGGGCAGGAUUUUUGGGCUGUUAACCUAAGAGGGGGUAAAAUUUUUGGGUCCUCGCUUUUGAAAUAAUAAAUAAUCCGUGCAAGUUCAUUUCAGCUUAGUCUGCAGGUGUGACUUGAAAUGAAAAAAAUGCACAAUAAUUAUGACUUAUCAUAUGGAAAAAGGACUCUAGCUAUCAAAUUUAUCACCUUUUUCGCCCCGGUUACACAAACGCAAGGCUAAUUUUCGUCAUCUAUAUAUUGAAAGGAUUAUAAAAAACAAGGUUUUAUAAAACAAGGUUUUAUAAAUAAUUAAUAAAGGUUAGACAAGAAUUUUGUGAAGAGGGUGUUUUUUCCACAGUUGAACUGCCUUAAAAAACGUAGCGACAUUGUGUUUCUGUUGCACAUCGUGAUCAGCUUUAUUUAUUAACUGAAAACCUUUGCAUAAUUAUUCUAUUUAGUAUGGCUAGAGCUGUUUUUACCUGUUUUAAUUUCGUUUGCAUGUAAUAUUUUAUUAAACGGGACAGACUAGGCAGAUUACCGUGAUGCAGUGCUGGCUCAUAUCUGUCUUCUUUUUUUUUUCUCGCUUAGGAAUGGUUAACGACAACGGCGGAAACGUUCUCAGGCAAAUUUAGUAACUCGCUGUACGUGAUAUUAGAGACAGUCUUUUUAUUUAUUAAUGCACUUUUGUCGUAAUUUGUAGUAGACCUGUCAUAAUUUGUGAGAAACAUGUGCCGCAAUUUAGACUAAAGUGAAGGUUCCUUUAAUUUUAUCAUUUUUCAUCAGGUCUCGGUUAAUUCCAUGUGUUAGAACUGACAGACCAGACUGGUUUAGUUGUAAAGAGAAUAAUUAAGAUCCAGUCAGAUCAGAGCUAUUUAGAUUAAGAUCGGCAUUGUUGGAGUGUCCCUUUCCAUUUGUAGGAACAGUAAUCAAACUCGCCGAGGCUUUGCUCGGGUCGAUAUAGUUCCAUUGGGCAAGUGGAAUUUCCAACAUUUGAACCGGAAUUUCUGUUGUAUUGAAAGCACCCAUUGGCUUUGAAUUACAGCGGUUAUAACACGCAACUAUCCUCAUUUUCCUACCAACUGUGUUGCGACAGCUCGGUCAGUUACCUACUGCGCAUGCGAAACACAUAAUUAUUAGAAAUUACCAAGUUUAUGACAAAGUAGGACAAUAAAAAGGACUUCAGUCUAGUAACAUACAUCUACCAGUGAAUAACUCACAACCUCCUGACAAUUUUGCGAAGAGGAUAUUUUUAUUUUAUUUGUAUUUAAUAAGAACUUCUCUUAACUGCCGUUAGUACGGAUGGAGACCUGGUUUUGGAUUCUUGGAUGGGUUCUUUCCUUUCUUGCCAUCACUGGAAAUGGAUUUGUAAUCUUCCUCGUCUGCAGCAGACGAAAUCUCCGCACCAAAACCAACGCGUUUAUUGUUUCACUUGCAGUAGCGGAUUUCUGUGUUGGUUUAAGCGUUAUUCCUUCUUUGUUGAUAUGCGACGUUACAAGCACCUGUGAGUGGCCUCAGAAUUUUCCGUCAUGGAAAGAUGUCGUAAGGUGGCUGUUUAGCUACUUGUCUGUUUUAAACUUGUGUUCUCUGGUGCUAGACCGUUUUAUCGCCAUCGUAAAGCCUUUUAAAUACAUAACUUUUAUGACUCGAUCUCGUGUUAUUCAAGUGAUAACUUCCUGUUGGAUAGCGUCAUUCACAUUGGUUGCGUUCAAGACAGCACUUCGGCUUUGCUGUGAGACCCCUCUGACCAGUAUCGUUGCAGUUGUGGUUUUAAUGAUUUUCAUGGAAAUCGUUCCAUGCGUUCUGCAGAUAUUCUGUUUUGUGUCAAUGUUACUUCAUGUAUGGAAACAUGAUCAGUCAGCACGUACUUUAGCAAAACAGUUACGUUUUAACCAUGGGAUGUCUUUUAAAACCCGUAACGAGAGGUCUGCAGUAAUAAUGAUGGGUAUUGUGAUAGGAGUGUUUGUUGUGUGCUAUGGAAUAUAUUUAAGUUGUAGUCUCGUAGUACUAUUCGACACAAAUGCAUCAUGUAAAGAUGAACAAUACAAAAUUCCUGUCUUGGUUUUAAACUCGGCCGUUAACCCACUGUCUUAUGCUUUUUUCAAAAGAGACAUAAAGAAAGAGUUUAAAAGGCUUAUCAGUCAGGUGGUUUAA